UCUAUCUAGGUGGGAUUGAUUGGUAUGCUAUCGUUUGUAGGGGGAAUCAAAUGUUUGGAGGGACCAGAAGCAUGCAAGCAGCAGCAGCAGCAAAGUAACACAUCAUACAGGGGCCAAUCCUUUACGACAACCGCCCUGCCUCCAUCUAUAAAUUGAGAUCAAAGCACAGAACAUUGAGAUACAACACACACUUCAUACCCAUCAGCUACAUACUCAAAACUCCUCCACAACUUCCCAUUCUCCCUCCCUGUUACUUCAACUAUUUCACCAUGUCGGACAAGUGCGGAAACCUCGACUGCGCUGACAAAAGCCAGUGUGUGAAGAAAAACACCAUCGAUAUUGUUGAGACUGACAAAAGCUACAUUGUGAGCGAGGUGAUGAUGGAUGCCCCAGCAGCUGAGCAUGAUGGAAAGUGCAAGUGUGACUCCAACUGCGCUUGUGUCAACUGCACAUGUGGCCAUUAAAAAAGCACAUAAUGAUAUAAUACUAACGUGAUGUUUUACUGAGUUUGAUAAGUCUUUCAUAAUAAUGUGACUGUGAUCAAUAAUUUGUGUACCCCAGAAGUUGUGUUUCUAAAUUGUUGAGUCAUAUGUGAGAAUGUCAAUUGUGUUUGUGUUUGUGUGCUUAUACUGUGUAAUGGUCACUCUGUGACUCUCUGCGUUGUUUAAUGAAAAUACUAUUUGUAAA